CGAAGUCAAGUGCCAAGGCAACGAAAACUUAGCAAUCACGUAUCUACAUGUGUGAAGUCCGCUCCAACAACCUGUUGUCAGACUCCCACCCAAACCUCGUGACCUCCUAGCGAGCAACAAUCAGGACAUCUAUGGGCUUUAUUAUUCUCGAUUGGUUCAGAACCAAGAAGCAUUCAGCAUUCUACGCGUAUGACCGGUGUUGCUUGGUCUCGCUUAGCUGAGCGUUGACCUGACCGGCACUGCAACCCCCGAGUAUGUGCCCCAGCCUGGUAUCUGGCCUUGUUUCGGUAUGCGUGCGUCCAUAAGCUUGCACGGAUGUCGACUGAGGCCUAUGCCAUCAUACAAUCUGGGUGGGUUCUAUGAUGGAUCCAAGCGAGAGCGCCAACCAUUUUCCAAGCUUGGCCUUUACGAUCUUCCCCAUUGUCACCUCAAAAGCUGCGAUGUUGAUGAAAAACUCGCGGUUAUGGUGGCAAGCCUCUGGUGCCAUCAUUCGAUGCAGACAUCUUGUGGAUCGAAGUUGUCCAUAACUCGGGGCUUCAUUUUCGCCCUGCAACCAUGCCACCAUGGCCGAUGGUAGGUAAACAAGCGAGGCUUACUCCAUAUGUAGGUUCCGCGUGUUCCGGUCAACUCAGAAACCAAACUCUCCCUCUCUGACGAUAUGUUCGCUGGUUUCCUGUUCAUUCUCAUUCUUAUAUGUACUGGAAGGACCUCCUCUUCAAUUAUCUUAUCAUUGAUCAUUGAUCAUCUUAUCAUCGAUUAUCUUAUCAUGCUUCAUCCGUUAUCUUAUCAUGAGGUACUUUGUAUUCUUCGCAGCUCUCCUCAUGCCCUGGGUGGCUGCAUUCUCCUUCAAUGCCUACGAUCUGGGCUUUCAUGGCCUCUAUCCCCGUCAGCGUUUCCACUCCGUCGACCUUGAGGCGCCCGCGCCCAAGGUAACACAAUGGGAUUCCCGGUGCGACUCUGGGAAUCUCCUCCUCACUCCAAGGGGCCCCUUGGUAACCGGCCCGGCACGAGGCCCAGUUAUGCUAGAUGCGAGGGGCAACUUGAUCUGGAUGGAAAACGAUAAGUUUGAGCAGGCCAUGAACUUGAACGUGCAAAAGUACAAGGGGCAGGACUACUUAACCUUUUGGACGAAGACCAAGAAGACUCGCCACUCAAAGCAUUCCAAAAAGUCUUAUGUGCUGCUUGACUCAUCCUACGAAAUUGCCCAUCGGGUAUACCCGCAUGGCGCUGGCCUCAAAGGAGACUCUCAUGAGUUUCGCAUCACUCCACAAGGCACUGCGCUCGUAACGAUAUACUAUAAACACAAAGUGGACUGUACCGAGUUAGGGUUGGGCAAGAGCUGCUGGAUCCAGGAUGGUCUAUUCCAAGAAGUCGAUAUCGAGACGGGGGAUCUGGUAUUCGAAUGGCGAGCCACGGACCAUAUUCGCAUGAGCGAUGUGUUCAGCAGUCCUUCACGCAAGGAUGGACAUGGAAGGUCCAAGAAGGACGCCUUUGAUUUUUUCCACAUCAACAGCGUCGACAAGACUGACUCUGGGGAUUACAUCAUCUCGGCCCGUUACAUGCAUGCCGUAGUCUGCAUCAGUUCGAAAUCAGGCGACAUCCUGUGGCAAGUCGGCGGCAAGAACAAUGAUUUCGAAGAUCUGAACGGCGCAACCGAUUUCGCCUGGCAACACCAUGUGACAUGGCAGGGCAACAACACGAUAUCCCUCUUUGACAACCACGCCAACAACGUCUUCCACAGCCCGUCCAAACAUAGCAAGGGCAUGCUGAUCCGACUCGACAUGGAGAAGAUGACCGUCCGCCUCCUGCAGGCAUUCGUCCACCCAGACAAGGUUCUCAACGUGUCCCAAGGCUCUGUGCAAGUGAUUCCGGCAAGCGGCAACGUGCUCGUCGGAUUUGGCAACUCGCCAACCUACGUCGAGUUCUCAGCGGACGGCAAGGUGCUCUGCAACGCACACUUCGCGCCCCACUUCAUAUUUCACAUACUCGACUUCGGAUUGGUAAAAUCGUACCGGGUGUUCAAGAGUCCGUGGGUGGGAAGGCCGAAGACUGUGCCGGAUGUGAAGGUGGAGCAUGGGAAAGUAUACGUGAGUUGGAAUGGAGCGACCGAGGUUACAGGGUGGAGAUUAGAGACAGCUAAGGCGCUGGAGGCGAAGGAUCAUGCGUUCGUGGCGAUUCAAGAAUUGGAGCGCGACGGGUUCGAGACGAGCUUUGCGCUUCAUAAGGACGAUGGCUAUGUGAGGAUCGCGGCGUUGGACGCCGCGAAUGGUGUCAUGGCAUAUUCGGCCGUCGUCGCGACGCCUUCGCCUUCUGUCGCACUCUGGUCAAUCCUAUUCUUUAUAUUCGGCUGCGCGGUCUUUGGAUCCGGCUUCGCGGGCUUGGUACUCUUAUAUCGGAAGUUCCCGGGGCUUCCUCGUCUUCCAAAGCUGUCUGGCCCCAGAGCUCGCUCUGGUGCCGCCGUGACAGGCCAUCAGGAGCAUGAUUCCGAAUUAGAGCCUUUGUUAUGGGGUGAGAGUGAUUCUUGAGCGGUGGUGUUGGGCAGGGAGACCUGGAAGGCAAGAUUGGAGAAGCGAGGCAAGACGUACCAGUAGUUCGUGAUGAUUUCCAUGAAGCCCAGAGAAGGCCCAUGUCCUCUGUGACGCUGGAUAGAGACCCGGACAGAUGUCUCCCUACAGGUUUUCGACGCGCCAUGGGUGCAG